UGUAACGGCACUUGUCAAAACAUUGCCAAGAUGCGGCGCCGUGACAUUUUACGUUUGUGGGCUCAGAUAGUGCAACACACAGGCAUAGAGAAAUACACCGCUGAGGAAUGGCAGGAACACUAUGAGGAUUUCUGGAAAUGCAUGCAAACGAAUGAAAAUCCGUAUAUACGUGUUGAAAGUAUUGACUUAAUGUUAAAGGAUGAUGUAUCAAUUAAACCAGUGCAACAAAUCCAACGGACAAAAAGGAAUAAUGAAACGCGGAUUGAUAAUGACGAAUUGGAGCCACAGAGUGUGUUACGAAAACGUCUUAAAUUAGAGGCGGAUAAUAUGUUAUUGAUGCAGAAAUCAAAUGAAUCAAAAGUGACUCCUGGAAUGAAGUGUACGCGAAAGAGAAAUACAAAUGAUAAAAUCGAGGAUCAUAUUCCAAAGUCUAAUACCACCAUUGUAGACGAGCCAAUGACAAGCUCAAAGUUACAAGAUAAGAAAGCAAGGAAUAGAGUAUCGGUAUCUAAUAGGGAUAAUUUGCCAAAAGAUCAAGUAAUAGAUAAGGCAGAAUUUUCAAUUAAAAAAUUAACGAACAACAAUUGCACUACGAAUGUCCAGAGUGACUCACCUGAGAAGUGGAAUCUGCCAAAAGAACAGCUAUCUGAUGAAGAACAAGAAACUUUAAAUGAACAGAGGGAACAACUUCAGUUAGAGGAGGAGAUUAGCCAUCUAGAAGCUGAACUGGAGCAGUUAUAUGAGGCGGAGACGCAGCCUGAGAAACCUAUGAUACAAACCAAAAAUUCGAAUAAAGAAAAGAAAAAUAAAAAACUGGUGGAUGAGCCGGAGGAUGAGCAAAGGAAGCAAGAAAUCGUUAGGAUAAAAAAGCAAAAAGUACAAGAUAAAUUAAUUGAUGAGGUGGAGCUGGAUAAUGAAAAGCAAGUAGAUGAACAAGAAUUUUUAAAUAAGUUGGAGCAUGAGAUUUGGAUUUCGAAAGAAGACCAAGGAAGUCUAAAAAUAGAGGAGAAAAAAGAUAAGAAUGUAUCAAUGCAAGAUAAUACAAAACAAAUAAAUGUAGAAAAAUGCCAAGAAUCAAAGCAGCAAAAGUUACAAACGCCGCAAGAAGUGGAGGAGAGCAUUUCGUUUUCAAAAUCUGUGAAAGAGAAAAAAAAUCAGAAGCAGCUUAUUGAGCCUGAGCCCGAGCCAGAGCAGAUUGUUACAAAUAUCAAGGAAAGCAAAAAUAAUUUGAAAAAUUCUUUAGUAGAGCUUUCCGUGCAGAACUUGUCAAAGAAGGCUGAAGAGCAAUUAGACAGUAUUAAUUUAAGCACCAGCGCAGAACCAGAAUUAAAUAAGAAGCUAACAGAAACUCGAUAUGGAAUGCGCACACGUUCGCAAUAUGUAGAGAAACAAGAACCAAACAGAGCAAAUCAAGAACAACAGCAAGUGAAUCCGAAUAAAAGAAAACCCAGAUCAUCCCGUAAAUCAAAUGCUGUAAACUUAAUUUGCGUUACCCUAGAGUUCUCGCCACCUAAUCAAUUUUUUUUGUUACCACAGAUUAAUGAACAGAUGGCGCAUAUGCCAGAAAAAGCAAUCGAUAUGUCUCCAACCAGUCAUGCAGCUUAUACUGCGGCUCCUGUAACUGAAAAAGAUUCGUCAUCAAUUGAGCCUGAAAAUCUCAGCAUAACUCAGUUAAGUAACGAUAUAGAAACUCCAAAAAGUGACGAUUCCGUAACGUUAAACCAGACGGAUUCUUUUGAAUUCAGCAAACCAGAUUCGACAUAUUCCAAAGCCAAUUGUGAACUAGAAGAUAAGCUCAUCAAGGAAGUCAUGGAACUGGCUGUACCAAGUGGCGGAAGUACGGAUAUAAGUCAGUUAUUGACUGACGUUGGCAAAUGCGAAAUGUUUCAAUCAGGUGUGGAAGAAAUCGAUCGUUGUUUGGAAGUUUUCAUUAAUAAGACGCCCAGUGAAAUUGAUCAUCAGAUAGCUGAUACAUCUGAAUUUUUCGAUAAUUUGCCCAGUCUAUCAACUUUAGUGGAUAAAACGCCUUUGGAAAUGGAAGUACUACUGAAUGAUACGCUCAAUUAUGAUGUUGACGUCGAAGAUGAUGAUGAUAAUGAUGCCAUAUCGGUGACCACAUCCUGGGAUGGCGAUGAUCAAUUGCCAGUGCCGAAUCCCGUGUUGUCUGAAAAGGAAUCAACUAUUGGGGAGCAGCCUGAGAUGAUUAACUCCGCUGCAAAGACGGACCCUGCAACACAGAGCAGGGAAUCGCUGUCCUACCGCAUACUCAAAGGGACAUAUACUCAGACAGAGAAGCUGCAACCACAUAAAGAACAAGUACAAUCGACUCAAACUGUUGUAGACCGGGAAAAGAUGGAGCUGCAACAGCCAGCGCCACAACAAAAGAAGCAGACACGACCACAGCCAAGGAAUGAACAAGUUAUACAGGCUGAGGCACCAUUGGACGUGCAACCGAAUCAAAGUGCUGUAGACCGAGAAAAGAUGGAACUGCAGCAAUCAUCGCCACAACCGAAGCAAUUACUGCAGCAACAGCAAUGUCAAGAGCGACGGCAGCAAUCGCUUCCACGGCUGAAAUUCAUUCCAUUACAUCGUACAAUUAGACAGGAUUCGUUGCCUACAGAAGAAGCCAAUAAGGUGCCCCUCUUUGGUCCUCUAUAUCGUGUGCCUUUGGAACCAGCUUCCACCGCUCAAUCCGCUAUUCCAAAUGAGUGCAAAUAUUUUAUAUUUGGCAUUAAAUGCUGGGCCUAUUUGGACGGCCGGUGCCAGGACAGCAACUGCAAUCACAGGCUGGCGAGCCCGUGGGAAGUGCAGCGGAAGCUGAACCAGAUGACGACCGAUAAAUUGUGUGACACCUACAGCAUGGUCUUGCGACAUGGCAUGUUGUUCCGAAACUAUUUUAUUAUUUUCGCUGAGAUCUAUGGCAAUCGGGGCAUGAUGUCGUAUUUAAUGAAAAUGGUUGAGGAUUGUGGCUUAUAUAUGGCGUAUAGUGCACCCUAUAUCACUGAACUCUACUGUAUCUUGAUGCGUUACGAUCUAAUGCCACAAAUUGCAACCGACCACAUUAUGAAGCAUCUAUGGGGUCCAGAAAUCGGUCAAAUCUAUCCGGAAUUUGCUAUGCAACUUCUCCGAAUUCUUGCGUCGGCUGAUUGGUUUAACUAUGUACCACAACUGAAGCAUCUCUUCGAAAAUCAGAAAUUUCCCAUACCCGGGGAAUUCAUGAUAUGCUUGACUAAUGAUGCAAUCGCCAAGAAGGACAACGCGCUCGUUAGGAAAGUCUGGGAGAUGAUGCUCUUUUGUCCCAUAAACCGAAACGAUGUCACACUGACUUCCGUCGUUCAAAUUGUGAACGAUUGGUGUUUAUCAAAUCCGUCGACAAUGCUGCCGCAGCAACUGGAACAGCAACCAAACCACCCAUCACAGGAAAAAGAGCAGCCGCAAAACUUAAAGAGACGCUUCAACAAUUCGGGUCAAAGAAAGAGAGGGAGGAAUAACUCGGCAAAUCGAUGAUUUGGUUCCUGGAUGACUUUAUCGCUUUUAACUGUUGAGCAGCACAAAGUGAACGAAAUUUAUACUUUUAUUUUUAUUUUUU